AUGGAUCUGCUCGCCUUUAAGUCGCUUCUCUUUCUGCUCUGUUUUAUCGGUAAGAACCAAAAUCUAAUAAGUUUUCCCCAUAAUUCUGCAGAUUUAACCAAAUCAGAUGAUAUUAUAUAAAUUCAUUAAGUGUUUAUUAAGCAUUUUCCAUCGUUUGUGGGUGGAAACUUUGAGUCUUGUUGAUUCAUGUUCAACUUGUGCAAAUUUAACAUAUGAUAGUAACUUAUAUACUUUAAAAUGAAGGUGUUUCGGUGUUUUUCUUGUGGCAACAUGACUUUUGUGUCUAAGGUUACUACAUCUGUCUCAUGUGUCUUCUCUCAGGAUGCUGUGCUGGGGAGGACAUCCUGCCGGAGGGUCCAUUGGAUGUAGUUUUGGGUAAAAAUUUGACUGUACCGACGCUGCUGAAGAAUCCAACCUACUCUUUUAUUGUCUGGAAUUUCAACAACGGGGGGCACCAGAUUCAUGUCAUUACCAUAGGCUCGGAAGGACUCAGUGUGAACACACCUUAUGAGGGAAGGGUAGCGAUCGAUCCGACCAAUGGUUUCCUGACCCUGACAGCCGUGAAGUCUGAGGACAGCGGAGAUUAUUCCAUCAACGUGAUUUCAUCGAGCGGAGCCACCAAAACAGAAGAAAUUGCGGUCAGAGUUCUGGGUGAGUUUAUCUUCUUGGUUUAUUAUGCAACUGUGCAUUCAGGAGUAUUUUUUCAACGAAAUUAUCCGAAACAAAACUUGAGUACACUUUAGCCGAAUUGAACAGAACAUCACAAUGAUUCAGGAAAUUAAAAGUUUGUCCAGUUGGGUUCUUUCCAAGACUUUGUGAUCAAAUACCGCUUAAAUUGUAAAAGUUUACAACGUUGUUUGGUGUGAUGUCCGAACGAGGCGAGGACUUUUUUCCUGUUGAACCAUUUCUGAUCACAAUUUCUCAAAUUUAUUUUUUACACCAAAAUGCACAACGAGUUAUAAUGAUUGAGAAAAAGUUAUAAAUUGUGCUUUUCUUUUGGUCUCGGAGACUAAUGGAACAACUUUUUCAUCGUGGUGUUUUAGCAGAACUCGUUAUAAAGGUGAGCUCAUAACUUCAUUUAGAGAAACGCAUCCUUGACUAAAUCAGUGCCGAAUAUUUAAGCAGCUCCUGUAGAUCAGGAUUAAACUGAUUAACUUUAGGAUUUGACCUCACAGCGUCAAAAAGAAGCAGUUCUACGAAAAAACGGACUAUUCUCUGAUGUAGUUUGGUGCACGUAGAAAGCCGAACCACACCUGUUAGGGGAGUGGGGGAGAGUAUGCCAGUAUUCCUGCGCCAAAUCGAGUUUAUGCGUUGCUUAGCAACUAUAAAUGCAGGCACCGUUUGAGAACUAUAUUCCAUCGCGGAGGGACGUCUGUGCAGUCUUUCAACAUUUAUUAACCAUGUCAAUGUGUUUCUUUAUUUCUAAAAUAAAAUAAGAAGAGCAGCUCUCAACAUUCAGACCUAAAACCUUUUAGAGGGUGUGUUACUUUAGUCUUAACCUUUGGAUUUACUCAGCAUAGAUUUAUAUUCAACCUUUAUUUUCUGAAGAUGGCAUCAUUUUUUUACAGCCUAUAUCUUAACUCUAAAACUAGACGAAAUAUCUAUUUUAAUGUUGCUUUAAAUGUGAGAAAAUAGUGAUUGAAGAAGUCCAGCCUCUUUUUUAAAAAAAAUAUUUCAGAGCAUAAAGUGGAGAAAUGUUUCCUGUUUUGGUGAAAAUGGCGCCCAGAAUCACCUGUUCCUUCAUUGGCCAUGAGACCUGGUUACACCUGUGUGCUGUUCUUGUUAAAUAAGGGUGCACAGCUGACAUUUAUCAAAGGUGUCAUUUGAAAUAAAGCUGAGAGAGAGAGACAGCUGUGACAGUCAAAGUUGCAGAAAAAGUUACUCAGAGUUUCUUGAAGGUGUGGCUCCUCACUCAUUCUGAGUAAUGGGUGUGUUUGUGUUCAGAUUCAGGUCAAGGUGUUAGACGCUCUCCCUAACCUCAAUGUUUAAAUCAGCAGGAGGAUUCAGGCAGACUUACAUGUGCAACUGGUAGAUGAUUUAUUGGCAUUCAUUGGCGUGAUUGUUGCAGCUUUACUCUGCUCCAUGCUGUAAAUCACAAUAACUAAGAAAAAGUUGUCCAGAAGCUCUGGUAGAUUGACCCUGAUGCCAUCUUUCACCUGUCCCGUUUAGAUUCCAGGUGGUAGAGCAUAAAAACAUCAUGGCGGCAGAUAUUAACCAGCUUCAAUAAACCUCAAAAAUCUGAAUCUGGAUCAUGUUGAUAAAAUCCAGAUUUUCUUUGAAGAGCAGGACUUUUUAUCUUGUUUCGUUUAGAUCCAGGUAGUGGAGCAGGAGACACAACAUUUCAGGACUACAGCUGUAAAUAAAAAAGUUCAUGAUUUGUAUAAACUGAUCAGAAAUUCUGCCUCUGAAUAGGAAAAGUCUAAAAUAGGUGAUGCUUUUUCAACCAUUAAUAUCUCUCUCUUUAAAGGGAACAGACCUCACAGGCAAAAAUAGAUAUUUGACAGGAGUUGCUUGUCUACCUGCGCCUCAAUUUGCUGCUGAUUUAAAAAUGGUCUUGUUUUAUAAAAUUCAAUAUUGUGCAUUUUGCCUCUAAGCAUGAAGAAACAACAGCAAACUCUCAUGAUGUUGCUGCAGGGGGAAGGAAUCUGCUGCAACUUUGUGUGGCCCAAGAUAAUUAUAAUCAGUGUUUAGUAAACCAGGAUCAGCUCCUGCACACUGACUUUUAGAUCGCUAAAGUAAAGUCACUUCAUUAACCCUUCUCCAGUCGGCCUCGGCGCUCUCAGAACUGGUUUCCACUCCUUCACAUUGUUCCCACACACCUACAGUUGCCUAAUCACCAAUAAACAGGCAACACAUUCAGAAAUGGAGCUCCAGGAUUAUUCAGAACGAGUCCAGCAGGUUCAGCCGCUGUGAUAUUUACCGCCGCCUUCAUUCAUCCAUCCGCAUGUUGAAUCUGGAGUAUAAUCAGGGCUGUGUGAAGAGAAAACUGGCCCUGGGUGAGCGGGUUUUCAGAUUCUCCUCCCAUAAUGAUCCUGGAGUCAUCUGUAGGGAGAUCUCUGAAAUACAAGACUGGGUUUCUACUAUCUGGAGUUAAAUUUUAAGGGAUUUACAGCAGAUUUUAAUCAUGAGUUUAUUUAUAAAAGUCAUGAAAAGUUUCAGUUUCUACAAAAACAUCUUAUUCUUCCAUCAUCAUAGACAUCAUUUUGGAUCGAUGGUUAAUUUUCUUGUGCUGCAUGUGUUCCUCAGUAUCCUUAGACAUCCAAGUGCCUCGUUAAAACGACGGAAAAAUGCAGAUCUGCAAAAAUGAGGUUGCAGCUUCUUGUGCACAAAGCAUCAUGGGACAUGUAGGCGGAUUACAGAUGUCUGUUUUUCGUUGCUUGUUGCUGUCACGUCAGAUCUGUUUGCAACCUGAUCCGCAGAGACAAUGAGGUCAAUAUGUCGUCAUGUAUGAGACUCAGGUGCACCCCAGAAAAUUUCCUGACUUUACCAGGUGAACUGCAAACUAUUUUCUGCAAAUUCCUGGAAACUGUAAAGAUGAUUUGAAGCGAAUGCAUCAGUAAAAGUCUGGAAAACUCACCGUCAGUGAUCGAUGUAGCUCAGAGUUUCCAGGUUUUAACCUCUUCACUGCUGGUCUCAGUUUCCCGUAUCACACGACUGUGGAAACAUCUUUGUACAUGUUGAGUUGAUAUUAACAAACAGUCAUCUUAGCUGAUCGCUGCUCCUCCUCCUCCUGCAGAAACUACCUGGCCACCUGCCUCACCUGAAUUAGGCCAAGUAUUUCUGGUUGCGUGAGCGUGUCUGACAGAGAUAAUUUCACUGACCUGAAGUUACCUGUAAAAUAUCAGGUGUUCAUGUGUGAAAGUGGAGUUGACUUUAAAGCUUUGGUUGUGAGAUGUUGAGUUUUAUCGACACUGACUUUUAAACUGUAAAGUAGUUCAAAGCUGGACUCACAGUAGAUCUUUAGCAGCGUUUACAGAUGACACAGCCGUAAUCUCUCUCUCCCUCGCUCUCUCGUUGACUCUUCAUUUCAUGGUCCCUGAAGUUAAACCUCUUCUUCGUCUCUCCCUGCAGAGCCCGUGUCUGCUGUGGUCAUCAAGUCCAACCUCCCUGAGGCCGUCGAGCACAACGACACCGUGAUCCUGACCUGCUCCGCCAAAGGCUCCUUCCUCAAGUUCAGCUGGCUCAAAGGCGCGGCGCCCCUCGUGGCCGAUGGAAAACGUGUCUCCAUUAAAGACGUCAGUCUUCCCACAUUUUCAAAACAUUAUUUCUAAAGUUUGUUGAUUUUAGUUUGACGUGUGUGAGUUUCCUCCUUUUCUCCGACUCUCAGGAGGAACUGUCCAGUACGCUGACCUUCGUUAAUGUUCUCAGAACAGACCUGGUCGGCUCAAUCAUCUGCGUAGCUACGAACAAACUGGAGACGGAGAAGAGCGCCCCCUUCAACCUCACUGUCCACCGUGAGUACUGCAGAUGGACGGUCUGUUUCCUCUCAUUGUUUCAGGGGUUAGUUUGUCUUUAUUCACUCUCUGCUCUGAGGAUUUGAGUUUCUUCACACCUGUUGGUCAACAAAGAGCAGACGUGAGUCAGUCUGUGUCACUCCUCCACACCCUGACAGACCGUCCCUCCGCUCCCCUGAGGCCUGACCGUAUCUCUGGAUCUGCUCAGGUUCCUGAAACUCUCGGAGACAGACGAGUGUCUCGUGACCUGUACAGUUUAGAGUGAGGUGUGUGUUUGCAGGGCGCUGCCUCUCUGCCAGCACUUAAACCACGGCGUGUGUACACAGCGGCCUCCUUCUCCAUGACUAAGCUGACAGGCAGGGAAACUGCACCGACCGCCGCUUAACCUGGUUAUUAAUUAAUGCAGAGCUCAGAGUUUCCUCAUGCUGGACUAAAACCUAAAAUCACAGUCGGAGGAGGUUUUAUCACCGUCCGUCCCUCCAAAAUAAAAGACUUUGUCUGUCCGCACACUCAAGAGAAAAAUGAUCAAUUAGAUCAUUUAUAUAAAUUCACCAAAAACACAUUUACCGGCUUCUCCACAGAUGGACCCGAUAAAGCCACCAUCUCCCCGGCGAAGCCUCCCCAGUUCCUCCAAUCGGGCUCCAGCUUCAACCUGACCUGUGCAGCCGCCUCCAGUCCGCCCGCCACCUUCAACUGGUACCACAACCAGAAGGAGAUGAAGAGCUCCGGGCCGGUUCUGACUCUGGCCGAGAUCGAGAAACAGGGACUGGGAAGGACGGCGGAGCAGUUCACCUGCACGGCCACCAACGCCAAAACCAAGCGUGUGGUCGCCUCAUCUGGAGUAACCUUCGCCGUGGUCGGUGAGUCACCUGACUGAUCAAUCUUUCUGUUUCUCUACAUCGCCCUCAUGUUGCACAAUUUCUCACUUACUCAUUUUUUAAAAAUUUUCUCUUAUUGUAAAAACUGACCUGAAUUUUUACUGGAGGUAAAAGUCUGGGAUAAAAACGUUAUCUGUUUGCUGCUCACGCUGACAAAUUCAGGAACUUUUCAGGAGUUUUUUUGCACGGCUAAACUUCAUUUAGAGAUCCCUGACAUGAGAUGAGAGAUGAGAAAAAAGAGAUGAGAUAUAUUUUAUUUUCCCACGAGGGGAAAUUUGUCGUAGGCCUAAGUACACCUGUGCCUGGUACUUUGGUUCAAGUCCAAACAUUUGUAGGACGAACCGAUUUAAGUCAAACUUUUGUGAUUGUUGUGAUUGUUCAAAAUGAGGUCAAAGUUCACUGAAACUCUGAGGGGCAGCAGACUGAAACCUCUCCUCCGGGGCACGAGUCGGCUAAAUGGACUGACAUUAGUCAUGUUUAUGUUUGUGAGUCCUGAAGUGACGGUCGGCAGAUACUCCACGGUUUUGAGCGCUGAGGUGUCGAGUAAAAGACAGAGGAGCUGCGCUGUAAUUAGAGUGUGUGUGUGUGUGUGUGUGUGUGUGUGUGUGUGUGUGUGUGUGAAAACCUGCUCGGUGGGAGGAUGGUUUUACAUUUUGCCCUGCAGCGUCUCCGUCUUUUCUUCCUGGAUGGGGGAGGAGUUUGUUUGACAAAGGAAGUGACAUGAGCGUUGUUUGUGGUUUUUGUAGAUUUUGUAAAACUCAAUAAUGUCCAAUCGUAGUUUUCUGUUAACGGUCAGUAUAUUUACACUCACAGACCACUUUAUUAGGAACACCUGUGUUGUCCCUUUUCACCUUCAUUCUUCAGGAGUGUCUUCUCCUCGGACCCUGACCCUGCAGACAGAUAGAUGACCUGAGGAGUUGAGAAUUAAAGUCUCUGUUUUUUCUCCUUUCAGACCCCAUCCUCGGUGCCACACUCACCGGUCCGACCGGGACGCUCAUCGCCGGCAACAGCACGGCCAACCUCACCUGCAAAGCCGCGUCCGGCACCGUGAAGACCAGGACCUGGACCAAAGACGGCAAACCUCUGACCCCCAGCUCCCGCGUCGUGUUCGCCAUCGACAUGAGCUCGGUGAUGAUCAACCCGCUGCAGAAAGAGGACAACGGAGAGUUCACGUGUCAGCUGACCAACCCCGUCACCCAGAGCAAAGCGUCCUAUAAGAUGGUGGUGAACUGUGAGUGUUUGCUCUGCUAAGAGACUGAAGCAUGCGGCUCUGAUGUUUAUGGUUUCAUCACCUGUGGGCGUGUCUUUGUCCUGAUAAUGGUUUGUUUUUACGGCACCUUUCUGACGAGACAUGAGUCCAUAAAACCCAAAAGUUAAUUCACGUCGUAAACUGAUAAGACAAAUAUGAAGAUUCUCGAUUGUCUCAAAACUCAAAGUCCAAACUGAGAUUUUAGGAUGCAGCUCAACCUCUGAAGGAGAUCCUCAGCUCUUAAACCCAGUUUAACUUUUUCUAGUAAAACCAGAGCUGAGUUACAGUGACAGAGGCGAUGUUAAAGGUUCGAUUUAAACUGAUCAAUAAACUGGAAAAACAGAAAUCAGAAAUUAAAGGUGAUCUUUAUAACGACUAAAUUCCCAGUAGAGGACUGGACUCAGACUGGAUUACAAGAGCAGUCUAAAAUAGUUUUGAUAAUCUGAAUCUGAGUGGUGUAACUCCUCUAGAUGAUGGUAAUCUAGAUUAUAAUUAUAAACUUCCUUCGUGGACACGGACAGAGACACAGUUACUCUCUUUGGCGUCAUUGGGACUAAAUCUAAAUAAUCGAUUUUACUUCGGUUCAGAGUCGCUCAUUCAAAGACAAGUUUUUGUAAAAUCUACUCUGAAUAAUAACUCUUGUUUGAUCUCCAGAUGGUCCUGAACCAGCAACGGUGACGGGUGAAACUGCCGUCGAGGUGAACGACGCCGUGACGCUAACGUGCUCCGCGGCCUCCGUCCCCGCUGCCAACUUCACCUGGAAGUUUAACGGCACUCUGACCAACGUGAAAACGCCGCAGUACGUCAUCGAGCAGGCCCGCUACAAAAACACGGGAACAUACACGUGCGAGGCUUCUAACCCCGUCACCAAAAAGACCACCAAGUCCACCCACACCAUGUCCGUCAAAGGUAAGAGCCUCACCUGCAGUGACUUUGAUUCGAACGGCGUAGUGAUAGUUUGUUUUUGCCAGGCGGAGGUGAAAUGUGCUGAACUACUUUACGCGGAUUGAUUUGGGGUGAUGGGGGUGAUCAGGCUGUCCCCUUUUGUUGUUGAGAAUCGAGUAAACUUGCUUCGAUGCUUCAACACUGAUUUUAGUUUUUAAACAUCGCUGACUUCUGUUCUGGUCCGAUUGUUUCCAACAGCCUGAAAAAAAUCGACCCUCAUAGAGUCGUCAUUUGAAGAGACAUCAGAGAAGCUGUAAAGUUGAACAUUUAAAAUGAGGCUCUAUGGAGAUUAACUCACUUUUGGAGUCCGCCUCUAGUGGUCACUUGAAGUACUGCACUUUGUCCACUAACUUCAUUUUUCCACCCUGCAAAAUCUGCUUCCUACUUCGUAUCUAUUUAAUGAUCCAGCAGCCCUCAGUCUUGGAGUAUCUUACCAGACGUUAGCAUGAAAAGGUGCUAGCGUUAGCUGUUAGCUGUUAGCAGAAUAGACCCGGCUGUGGUCACAUGUUGCGUCAUUAAGUCUGGUGUUUAUUGUCAUGUUUGUUAAUCUUGCACCCGUAGUUAGUGCGGUCGGUCAUGUUGAUGCGUUUCAGUUUCUGUAUCAGUGAUUGUUUUCGCAGAGGGUGCCAACCACGACCACUGCCUCACUUCCUGUUUGCAGUCUGAGACAUGAAGCUGCUGUCUGACAAUUCUGCAGUUUCUCUUUCUCUACUAACAUGAAACAUUUUCAGAUCUCCAAAAGAACAUUUAGACUCUCAGACUUCUUUCAAAUAAAUCUGAUGUUUUGGCCCUGAUCUUUGGUCUGAUCUUUUUAAAUCCUCCUAAAUCAGAUACAGGUCAGAUCUUUGAAUACGCUGCCUCAGUCUUUGUGAUUUUGUCGUCACUCUUGAGCAACUUUUGUGCAAACCCUGACUCUAACUUACUCUAAGACUCCCCACCAAGAUUUAUCAAACCUUUAAAUCUGAAGGAGACCCUCUCCGCUCAUGUUUCAGCUGAUCAUGUUGACGUUUAUCUUGUUUAUGUCCGUAAUCUUGUUCAUGUUAAUGUUUUUUUGCAGAGGAAGGGACGCUGAACGAAGGCCUGUCAGACGGCGCCAUCGCUGGAAUCGUCAUCGCCAUCCUCGUCGCUCUCGGCGCAGCCAUCGGUUUAAUCAUGUACUGCAGACAGAAAGUACCGUAAGUACUCUAAUAGUCACUCUGAUAGUCAAGCCUUAAUCUUUUCAUGAAGAUCUGAGGAACAUAAAGGUGAACUGAGGGUCUCACAGUAAUCCGGUUUCUCUUGUGAGCUGCAGUUUUUGUGGGUUUUUGGCUGAAAGUGUGAACAGGAACCCGAGUCUAUGAAGGGGGCACAGUUUCUCGGAAACAGAGAAUGAGGUUUGAGCGUGCCCAGACCACGUCAUGAAACUGAGAAUGAGGUUUGAGCUCAGACGACAUCAUGAGGGGUUUUGGAUAAACCACACAAAGACCUGCUACCUCUCAAAACAAUCAGAGAUUUUUAGAUAAACUCGACCCGGGUCUCUGAAUGUCUUCACACUGAAGCGGUUUCUCUGCAGGUUUUCUCCUCCGUUAUUUGUUCCUUCUGGACUUUCUGCUCAGAAUCGAUGUGUGUGCAUGCAUGUGUGUAUUUGUGUGUUUGUGUAUCUGUGUGUGUUUGUUGUCUGAGCCUCUUUCUCUGCAUUUCUGUCAUUUUCCUGUCUUCAUGCAUUAGACACUUCAUGACCUUCCUGGAAAUUCUCCUCAUUCCUUUCACGCCUUGACGUCUUGCAACAUGUCAGACACACACACAUACACACACACACACACACCUACUCUCUGUGUGUCCACAAACAUCUUUAACGUGAAAUAGAAACUCAGCGUUUGGACUUGACUUUACCCUGAAAUGACUCAUCGUGCCGCAGCAGGCGAAGUCUUCCACGCCUUAACGCCACAUUCCUUAAAAAAGCCGCAGUGAUGUAAUCCCGCGCCGCAUCCUGUCAGAUUUCAUCACAGCGUAGACUCGAACAGGAAGCCGCCAUCCUGAAACACAGAACAAACAGACGGGUCAGUGACAGACGCAGCUCGCCGCUCUGACUCUAAAACCAGGAGGUUGUGACUCCGACACGCCCAGAUGUUAAAGAAGUUCACGGUUUUUCAUUCAGAGACGUUUCUCCUCCGUCGAGCUGAAACCUGUCUCACUUCGGCACAUCCUCUGCUUCUGUUUGAAGACCAUCACACCGCUCUGUGUCGGCGCACGCCCACCCUGACAUGACCUUAUGUUGUGAUCAAAUUGAAGCGCCGAUGAAAGGACGCUCUCCUUUUGGCUUCAGGGACGGUUUCAUGUCACGAUGCAGAUUUCUUUGACGGUGGCGUUCGUUCGCUCAUAAACGGAGGUGUGUUUUUGAGUCAUUAAGGGUUGAUUUUUCGAAACAGUUCCCGCACGUCCUCGAUUCAACCUUAAGGUCAAAGUUUUUCAUGAUGCCGUCUGAGAGUCGAUUAAAGGUGGAGUAGGCAGGAGUCUGUUAAAGAAGCAUCUUUAUUGUGGUGUAUAUACAAAAAAUCUUUUGAUAUCAGUCAAUAGUUUUUAGUUAUUGAUGACAUUUGGUAAUAUAUCGAUAUCUCUGUGUUCUCUUAUGUCUGUGUCGUCAACAUUUGAACAUUUUUGAGCGGUCCGCUCUGUUCUCCACCUCCUCUAACCUGAUUGGUUGUGAGGCAGACGCUGCUCCCCCGUGUCGUUCAGGAGCCCAAACAAAGUUAGUGUGCUACAAUAUCGGACAGUAGAAACCAACCAUAAAGUUCGGAAAAUUGUCUGAAUCCUCCUUUGGCCACGACUGCCGACACAAGCAAGAAAACAAAGUAAAUACCGGAGACUCUGGAGGAAUAACGGGCGCUUAAAACGGAGGUAGACCGGACAAGAGCUAAAAAGCCGGGUCAACAUAAACCAUGGGGGACGCUUGGGGAUCUUGGUGACCCUGUAACCUUUCUGCUGGACAGGUAAACCGCUUUAACAAAGUAAGACAAGUGUCUGUAACAGAAGUGUUUCUUGUCAAACGGACCUGCUGUAGCGUGUUGUAGCGCCAUCGCUAAACUGUCCUCCCUCGGGUCCUGGACUAUGUCACUUUAUCCUCGUUGUAGAAGUCCUGCAAACAUUGUGUUUGCUGGUAGUCUGUUGGCAUCUACAGCAGCACCAAUGCUUUUGACUUUCACCUUGACUGGGCCCCAUUUGUAAUGAUCUGAAGUAUUUAUCUGCAUUAUAUCUGAAUUUAACUGGAACGAUACGAGCGAGCAGGAGCGUCUGUUUGUGGGCGGGGCUUGAGGGGAGAGGAGGAGCUGAGGGGAAAACUGGUUGGGAGGGGUAGAGUUUACUUCCUCAGAUCCUGAUCCUGACUACCCCACCUUUAAAUGAGGCUCCAGGUGAUCCACAGGUGACACCGCUGAUGGAGAAGAAGGAGAAACGAACCCGCUGUGAAGGUUCAGAUGGACCGACUCGACUCGCCUCUUUCUUUGCUGGGAGCUCGCCUUUCCUCAAACACUUCCAUCAGUGGGCGGAGCUCUAACCCGGCCUGUUGGUCACAUGUCGUCACAGAGGUCAUCAGGUUUCAGCCGUAGAUCUCCUCUGGAGCCCCCGGGGGCCUCAGUUGAUAGACACGUCCGUCCUCUGUCAUUUUGUCUUCGUCCUCGUCAUCCUCACUUGUAGACGGUGUCAACACCGUCGACAGGAAGUCUUUGUUCUCCGUCGGCGCUCGUGUCUGCGCUGCUGCAGGUGAAGGUAAACAGAGAGUGUCUGCAGAGUGGGCGUGUCGGUCUGUUCGUCAAAGAGACGGACAGACCGCGAGGACAGACGAUAAUUACAACAAGAUCUGAAGAUGUUUUCCCCGAUAACCUUCACUCACAGAUACAGUGGGGCAGACGGCGUACAGGCGUGAAGAAGAGCUGUUCGAAGUGUCGACAGCAGAGAUAAAGAAGCGAGGACGAGUUCAGCUGACAGACGGGAGGAACGAGGGACAAACUUUUUAAACGCCUUCAGAUUUAUCGACACAGUCAAACUUCAGGACAGACUGAUAUUAACUUUACCAAACAGCACUGAUCAGUGUUUUUAUAUCAGGAUUGGCUGAUUAUCAAAUCUGUAAUCUGAGCUCAAAGGCUGCAAACAAAGAUCCAAAUAUACCUGGUAACACUUUAAGGAUGGAUCACUUUAUCUUUUAGUCAUUAAAAAGUUAGAAAAAGGUUUUAAAAAAGUAGUUAAAAAUGAAAAGUGUCAAAUCCAGAGAUGAUUUCGUUGUCUGAUUAAUUCUCCUGUCGGUAAAUCAGCGCAGCUCUCUCACAACUGCAGCUUUAAAAACACCACAUUCAGAGAAAAAUGAGCUCACUGCUCAACAAUGUUCCUGUCCUGAAGGGUUUCAACUCAAACCGGUUCUCUGCAGAUUACAAUAACACACACACUGUCUGACACACACCUGAACACACACACACACACACACACACACACCUGGAGUACGGGGGCAUGGGAGAGGAACACACACCUGAGUUAACAAAUCCAAACACUGAUCUGUCGCUCUGAUAAUCUCCCAGCAGCCCGUAUAUGAACCUCCAAUAAAACCCACAGAUUCAGCAGCUCCUGCAGGUGCAGACGGGAAGUUUGUGAACGGACCAGAACCAGCCGCUGACCCGGGUCUGAGAAAAACCUCAUGAUGGAGGACGAUAAAAAACGAUAAACGAUAAAAUCAGUCAACAGUCGAGAUCUUUAAAAAGCCCACACACCUAUCCAUCAAGGCAGAAUAAAAGAUUUGUGGAGGCCGCUGCUUCUGUACAAUCAGACUUUUGCAAUUCGAGAGUCGCCCCCUACUGGGCAGGAGAAAGAGCGCAGGUUUAAGGCCGUUACAGAAAAACUGUUAGAGAAAGAAAGAAAGCAGAAAAAUCUGAGGGAGUGGACAACGUCUUUCUGGUUGUUUCAGUUUUAUCUGCUCAGCACACACACACACACACACACACACACACACACACACACACACACACACACCCCUCUCAUUGAACGUGGCCUCGCACCAGGAUUAAGUCGGUUUUUGUGGGUUUUGGUGUUUUGAAAACAGUCGAACUGCAUUCCUUCACUCCCAGCUGUCAAUCACAAACAGGAAGUCCCGCCCCCUCAUCCUCUCUUUAUGGCGUUUUGCUGUUUUUUUUCUAAUUCAGAUUAUCUUGUUGUGAGGAAACAGGAAUAUUUUGGUGGUGAUGUUCAGCAGGUGAAGUUCAGGUGUGGUCAUGUGACCCGUGGAUGAGCUCAUGGGUUUAUGGUCUAAGGUGGAUGUUUACAGAUGCAGGUGUUACACCCUGUCUCGGUUUUCCUCAGACUGCCUGUGGUCAUGACCUUUGACCUCACAGUGCUCUUCUAAAGCCAAAGGUAAUCCAUGGAUGUCAAAGACUCAGGAGGUCCGUCUUUGUGGUCUUAAAGUCCAGUUUUUGUACCUCAUACUGGGUUUAAAACGGGGUUUUUAGAGACUUCAGUCCUCUUCUCUCAAACGUCACUUUGUCCAGUUGGACCAGCGACCUGCAGCCUCACCUGUUUGACUCUUAUCUCAGGUGUGUGUAUAUCUCAGGUGUUGGGGAGUCACAUCUCUCUCUCUCUUGUCACACUCCUUAGUUUUUAUUUUGAGUUUUGCAGACUUCACCAGCUCCACCGAUCAACCAAUUAAAAAACAUCAAAUCUUUCAGAUGACCUUUGACAUCUGUAGUCUCGGCCUCAUUCUCGUUUCUGACUUUCCUUUUCCUUCGCCAUGAGUUUGUUCCUCCUGACGGGGCGAGGUCGGAGUUUCAGGGAAUGUCAGGAAUGUCGUUGUCAUGUCUGCACUCGUUCGCCGACGCUGCUCACGUUCAUGUCGUCCUUCUCUCUCUCUCUUAGUUUCUCUUUUUCUUUUUUCCACUUCAUUUCGUUUAUUUCUGUUUUUGUUUUUAUCCUCAGACCUCCUUUAGUAAGAUGGGAGGCGUUUAAGCCACACGCCAAAGUGCCAUUCAAGGUCCAAAUUCAUGUAGUUAAAGGGCAAUUACAACAAAUUUUGGGGAGUUUAUUCUGAGUUUGAAGCUGAUAUUUCCUAAACUUAGUCAGAGUUAGUUUGGGUUCGUUUUAUCCAAACUUCGACUCCAGACAGAAACAAACAAACAUGUCUCCACCCUGACGACCCGCCGGAGCCUCUCAGCUGUUUUUCUGUUUUUGUGUAAACGGUCAUAAAAGUCGAUAAACAGCCAGAGGUGUUUUCCUGGUCAGAUCCAGAUCCUGGUCCACCACAACAUCCUCUCUGCUCUCCUUCUGACCGGUUUUCUCAGGUUCGGUCUUUAGUUCUUAUCAGGGAGUAAAAACUGUAUCGGAGUUUCUCUGAUAAGAUUCAGGACGCCGCAGAAAGACGUCAGCUGAUGUUUGCUCGGCCUGACUCCCUCAAAGCGUCUCUGAGACCGCAGUCGGAGUUUCAUGAGCAGGUCAAACAUUCAGCAGAGAUACGGACGGUUAGAGCGGACAAAGGUGAGACUGGAGAGGUAGAGAAGUCCAGAAUCAAAGACACAAAACUCAGAGUUUGAUCGGGUUAAUUCGACAGCAGAGUUGGCGCUCGCAGCAGCUGACUCCGCCUCUCUCUUGUUGUGAGAUCGCACUAUGAUGGUAAACACAAAGACAGAGCUUCACUCUGAUCAAAGUCUUGGUUCUCCUCGUUCUCGUCCUUCCUCAGAUUCACCCGUCUCCUCAUGUUUUGUGACGUCACGGCGGCGGACGUGUUUAUCCUCUGAAGACCUGACCUGAUGUGUGUUUUCUCUUUUCAGGGUCGAGUCUCCGUAUUAAAGACGUCCUGCACGCUGCCGGUAAGUCCACAGUAUCUUAUCAUGUUGGUUUGACGUAGCGUGGUUCCAGUCCCCACUCAGGGUUUCAGUGAUCCAGUUUGAUCCACUUCAGAUCAUUGAUUUUAACAUUUACUGAUCCUGAAUCAAUUAGCAGAAGUUUUAGCUCGAUUGGUAGAGCACACCCUCUCGUACCGAGGCUGAAGUCCUCAUCAUGUCGUGCCUCUUUCUCUCUAAAACUGUCCAGUCAAACGAAGAAGAAAAACCUCACUCACAACCCCACAGAAAAACCCCAGACUAGCCCUUUAAUUUUCGUGUCAUGUGACCUUUUUACGGAUGAUCAACGAAAACAUAAAAAUAUUUUCAGUCAUGGAUUUAUCUGGAGUCAGUGUCGCUAAAGGAGCUCAUGUGUGUGUGUUUAUGUGUUAGUUUGUGCGUUUUGUGCUGUCUGUGUUGAAACAGUAGCUACCAAGGUUGUCUCCACUCAGCCGAACAAACAAAGAGCUGCUGGUGUCUGUGUGUGUGUGUGUGAGUGUGUGUGUGUGUUUGUGUGUGUGUAGAAUCAGGGUCAUGGCUUCCUAUGUGCGAUAAAGAAUCUGUAUUUGUGUGUUUGUGUAUCGAGGCUGAGAGAUAAGACUGAUCCAGAGUGGAGUCUCUGUAUGUGUGUGUGUUUGCAGGAGUGUGUGUGUGUGUGUGUGUGUGUGUCUGAGCCCUGCAGCAGAGGAUUUUCAGGCGUUUUGGAGGAAACAGGUUGAAUGUGUUUUUCCUCGAUUACUGACACUCGAUGACAGAAACACGAUGAAGAGGAGAAAACAAAGAUAAUGUUGAAGUUUAUGGAGGUAAAAAACGGACAAAUUCAGGAUCUUCUCGUACAUCACAGGAGCUUCUUGUUGCUGGUUUUGUGGGUUAAACUGUUUUUCCUUUUUUUUUAACUUAACUCUAAGUUAAGUCUCUUUUUAUUGAUUAAUUUCUCUUUGCGUGUCCAUUUAGAAUUUCCCCCUGUGGGACUAUUAAAGGAACAUCUCGUCUUGCUUUAUCUUAUCUUAUUUUGUCCUCUCGGGCCACCGUCCCUUUAAAGACAGGAGGGUGAGCGAGGGAGCGCCUCGAACCUUUAAACCAAGAUCAGUCAUUUAAUAAACCAGUUUAAUGUAAACGCUCAGUCACAUCUUUUGAGUUUCACCCACAAAAGCAGCUCUCCUGUUUCAGACUGAAUUAUUGAUAAUUGACCGUCAAACAGCUGAUUAAUAAAUCAGGAGAUUUCUGAACACGCAGGUUUGAAACGACGGGGUGAGGAGACGGAGGAAUCAAAGUGAUCAUGUGAGAAAAUAACAGAUUUUAUUUUCUGUUUCAGGAGAUACGGGCCCAAACAUCAGACCGCUUUGUUUCCCAUGAUUCACCUGUGCAGGAGGAGGGAGGAGCAUCUAUUCGGAGCCUUCGCCCCAAACAAGAUUUCCCAUCAUCCCUUUCUCUCUCUGGCUGAGGAGGAUGAUGCUGAAACUUGAUUGGACUAAUACGACGGACUUAAUAAUUUUUGGAUUAUUUGCUGGAAUUUCUGCCUUAAUCUGAUCCGACUCUCUGCGAUUUAUUUUUAUUUUUUGGGCUUUUUCCCACCACAACUUUCCCACCGCGGGGGUCACGACCUCCCCUCUCUUCUUCUCCUCUUCCUCCCCGCGUUAACAAACGUCAUCCUCACCUUUUGUCCCGCUCACCGCCUCCUUCAGGAAACCGAAAAAACACCCAAAAACUCUGAGACGUUUCCUGGACUGAAGCUGACGGACUGACGACCCCGAUGAGUGACUCUCUUUGUCCUGCUGGAAACCUGAGGAGGGCACGCACACACACACACACACACACACACACACACACACACACACACACACACACACACACACACACACACACUGGAAUACUAGAUGACUGUGACGCCUGGUUGAUCGCUCUCAUACCGGCCCCACACGUCGACUUUCAGGGCUCUGGGUUAAACUAAUGUCUGCUAAGCUUUUGUAGUUUGAUUUAUCUCUCUGUCUGUGCCGGGCGGGUGGAGUUAAGCUGAUAGGGGAUGCUUCAGGUGCAGCGGAGGGUUUCAAAGCAGAGUUUUCAGACACCUCUCUGAGCCUGACGGUGUCACAGGAGGACAGUUGGAUCUAAAAUACCUCAGUUUGUCUCGCAGAAGUCGUGUCCGGCUCACGCUCCUUUAAACACGGCAGAUAAAUUUUCUGAUAUCGGGAAAAUUUUCAAACGUUUCUCUCGUUUCACUGACCAGCUGCUCUUUGUUUUUUUUAAUUAAAAUCAAUUAAAACACUUUAACUCUUGAUGGCAUAACACAUUAUAAUAAGCAAACACUGUUUUAUUUCUGUUUUUUUUAAGCGUGACCAAAACAACAAAGUGCCUUAACACAAUAAAUCAAACUAUUCCUAAAGUAGGGCAUUUAAGACAAACAAUGACUUUUAUUAUUAUUAUUAUUAUAUUUGUUACUAAUAAGUGAUAAUGUGCUUUUCCAGACAUGAGUACAGGCUUAUAAAGGGCGAGUUGUUGAUUAAUGAUGGUUAAUAAGAAUAUUUAAUAAUUACUCCUUAAAUGGCGAAGAGACUACACUUGAGGUCUUUUUUGUGAGUAAAGUCAAACUGAGUUUUUCACGAAUCUUUUCUCCGUCUCCACAAACACAUUUACAUUUUCUGCAUUAUUGCCUAGCUUUGUAAAAAUCUCAUUAUAUAAAAUCAAACUACCGACAAGCUUUGGGACGCUGUUUGUAAUCCGUGCAUCAUGACUGUAGCGCCAGUUCGUGGGUACUUAAACACAACAUUUGACCAGCUUGUCUCAAUAAUAUGAAUAUGAUGAAUUCUUUUUGCUAAACGUCUUUUCACACCGGGACUGUUUUUAUUGUGCGAUUAUUUCGAACGUCAAUAUUUUUUCCGAACCCGUAUCCUGUCAAUACAAGCGUUCACAUCAGCGACGUUUCCAAUCAGAGGCGAAGGAGGCGGGACUUUCCUGAAAAGUCCUCCCGGGAUGCAUCUUUUCCCCCCUGGAAAGUCGCAAAAUCGCAUCAGGCUUAAUGUGUAUAGUCAGGCGCGUCAAAAUUCACCUCAGAAUAUUUCGUAAUUUUGGGUUCUAUAUUCGCGUCGGCCCGGUGUGUAAGGACCUUAACUCGUAAUUUUGGUGCUGAAUGGCGAAGGUUCUGAUGUUAUUAAACUGUUUAGCUGACUAAAAGUUCACAAACUUAAUUAUGAAUUCUGCUGUUUCUCUGUUUUCUAUGAUCCUGUGAUUAAUUCAAAGUAGAGAAGUUUUCGUCUCUAAACUCCAAAAGUCUCCUCAGAGCGCGGCUAACGUCACUUUGCACGCUAGUUAGCUAAUGUCCAGCUGCAGCGCGUGAGCUAACCUGCUGAUGUCAAUGUGGUCGGGUCAGUCGUGGUUGUGGUCAUGACUCUUCAACACCGCUAACAACACGGUGUCUGCACAUGAUAUGUAGGCUACAGCACGCCUUUAUUUAGCAGCUGUCAAUCAAACUCAGCCACGCCCCCUGCAGAAUGCACUGACGGUUUUUUAACACUUUUGCCUUCGCGUAGAUCUUUAGUGGAUUUUUUUUACCGAUGCUGUGAUUCUGGAUUUUCUCCGUCUGCUUCCUCACCUUCACCCUCCUCCUCCUCCAGGAUCCUCCUCUGGUGUUUGUUUGGAUCAUCCUGUAACAAUCAGAGAGGAGAAAGAGGAGGAGGAGGAGGAAGAGGAGGAGGUGAAUGUUUGAGGACAGGAUUCAACACGCAGGGACGAGUCAGUGAGUCAAAGGAGGAGAAAAUGAAAGAGAGAAAAAAAGGGCGGGAAGGUGUUUGUUAGCGGUUAGCAUUCUUUGAAUUUUGGAGGGAAACUUCGGUUAGCUUCAGGGCGGUGCUACUGACUUAUUUUUCAAACCAGUUUGACCGUGUUUGAUUGGAGGUGAUUAAAUGAAAUGACAGGUUAAUUAAACAAAAGCGUUCACUAAAAAAAUAACAGAGAAAAAAAAAUUCUGUUCAUGCAUUAUUCACCGUUUUUCUGGUAUUUUGUGGUCAAACCUGUGAGGAUUUCCUGCCUUAGAGCUGGUCCAGUUUAAUGUCUUUUUGUUCGUGUGGUUUGGUGUGAUCUCAGACUUCAUCAUGCACUGAUCUCCAGUGAGAAAAGUAUUUAUUUUGUUUAGAAAUCUUAAAUAACUGGAGCUGAAGAUCAUAGCUGGUCUGUAGAUCACACACUAAAAAACCUCAUUUACUUUAUUUUGUGAUUUUUGCAGUGAGUUUUCACUCUGAAGAGGCUCGAUUUAAAAGAAUUAAAGAACAAUGUCCAAAAUAAUGAUGUCUCUCGUUUAGGAUAAGACAGUGCAGAAUGUAAUAAAACAACCUAAAAUGUAGAUAUGAGCUUCAUUUGUCCUAAACAGACACAUUUUUAUGUUGGACGCUGACGCAAACUGCCCUCGAUGUAAAUAACAGAGACACUGUAAACAUGUUUUUGUGACUUUAUUUUGGAAAUAUGGGGGGUUUAUUAUGUCUUUUCAUGAGUUAUUUGUUGAAAAUGUGUUUUUUUUUUCUUGUGUUGGUUUACAGAAAAAUGUCUCCGCUCCACAUAAAUCCUGUAAAAUUCCCAAACGUGAAAUAAAUGUCCCCUUUAUGUUCAAAUUAACAGCUUGAAGUCAUAAAAACUGGGGAAAUAUUUUCCUAAUUUUGUGCUUGUUUGUGUUUUAUUUUUGUAUUAAUUUUACACUGAGGCUUCAGAUGGAGAGUUCAAAACAAAGAAAAGGACCAAUCAGAGUGAGUGUGGAUUUUCAAAUCGUCCAAUCAGAGACAGAAGCUUCUGUUUGCUUGAGAUAAUUGCUGGCAGACUCUGUGUAUGCAUACCUGUGUGUGUUUUUGUGUGUGAAUGAAGGAGACGAGGGUGUGGCAGGAGAAACCCCCUUGGCUGUAGAACGAACACACACACACACACACACACACACACUGAAAACCAUCCGUCUCAACAUGUCAUUUCUCUGUUUCAGCCCUCUGGACUUCUUCUAAUUUCACUCAAACUGACUGACAGAUUUUCUUUUUUUUUACUAAAACUUUCACGAAUGAGCCGUUCUGCAGAAACGUCAUAAAUCAAACCAAGACAAAAAUUCUUAACUUCACCAAAGUUGUGUUUUCCCACCAUCUUUACAACAACUACGCCUCAAGUCAGCGAGUCAGACACUAAAUUCUUGCCCUGGAUUUUUUUUUUCCAGCCUGAGCAGGUAUCACGCUGUUUGGAAACUUAUUUUACUGCCACGCAAAUGCAGCAUUAUGCCUCUUAGCAAACGGCUGCAACCUCCAGUGUUUGAAUAAGUGCUCAAAACUGCAGUUCCCAAGGUGACCACUUGGGGCUGGCUCUAAAAGCCUCAAAAGCCACAUACACACACUUUAAUAAAGAUAUCAAGAUAGAGGUUUUGUACGGUUAGAGGUAUGGUGGACAGGCAACAAAACUCUGCUUCAAAAACCAAUAGGUGACAUCAGUGAGACCAUGCACAUGUUUUAUCACUACAACACCAAGAUUAACAGUCAAACCAGAGUCACUCCUAAAACAAGUUUAACUUUAAAUCUUGAAAUCUUCAAAAAAUUGGAAAAUGUCUUGAUUUCAGCUGUAAAAACCCACAUCUUCAAGCUGUUUCUGCUACAGUUUCCCUAGCUUUUGCAGUCAGCCUCUAGUGGACACUCAAGGAACUGCAGUUUGGUUCUUCCAGAAACUCCCACUUUUAAAGGGACGUUCCGCCCUAUAUGUACUGUUGAUGAAGUUAGGUGCUGUUCUGAGCAUUAUUUGUGGCUAUAGAGUGGCGUUUUGGUUGAGGUUUGUUUAUGGCUCCUCAGACCGCUGUGUAUUACUAUCCUGCGGUCGUUACUAAAGGUGGUAUAACUAGAGAAGCAAGCGAUCUGCAACAUUCAUCUCUGGAGGGGGUGUCUAGAUUAAUUUUACGCCGGAAUAUCCCUUUAACAGUGGGUGUUGCUGCUUGGUUCUACUAGAAACUCCUACCUUUAAUAAAUAACCUAACCCUCUAAAAGCUCCGAUGUAGUCUCUAAAAAUGCUCCUUCAAGGUCGCAAACUUUGAAAACAUGAAAUCCAAAGCUGAUAAAUCUGUGUGGUUGGUACACAUCACUCCUCUGGGUCAGCUUAACCCACCAGUAAACCCAGAACCUCAAAACACCGAAGGUUAAACUGAUAACACACUCAUACACACACUGACGGUGUCAGAGGAUCUAGAAAACAAGGUCUCAUUUCAAAUCUACGAUCCAAACAGAGCAGAGAAGUUAGAGAGCAGUAUUUGUGUUUAUCACUUCACUAAUUUGCAAUUUAAAUCCACGCUCACACACUUGUUUUUAUUUCACAGAGUCACAUUGUUGAACCUGAAAUAACCCGAUUUAGCCGUAAAUCCUGAUCUGACUCUUCACGCCUGCAGCUUCUCCUCACAUGUCCUUCACAUGAACCCAAAUAUGAUUCAGAAACGCUCUCUGUCCACGUUUAAAGAAAAGACGGAUUCAUGUUUGAUCAGCUGUGCCGUGAAAUGUUUUGCAUGUCGGAGAACCACCUCUCUGUUUUUACACAAACACACAGCAGAGCAGCCGCACACAAACACAAACACACUCGUAAAGACAGCGACUGUUGACGUCAACACAGGAGUUAAAUACUGGUCAGAAACACACACACAAACACACACACACGCGGUUAAACAGUUUUCAUGUUUCCUUUGUAAUCAAUACAUCUACAAUAUCAGUCACACUUUUUUAGAGCAAUAACCUCAUUUAAGAAUCUUGAUUGAUUUUUAAUUUCUCAGAUUUUUGGAUAAAGAGUGAUCAAUCUGACUCAUGAAAUGAUUGAGAAUAGCUUUAGUUGCUUCAGCCUGCAGCCACUCAUCAGAAUUUCAGAAUCUCAGACACUCAAAGCAAAAAAUUUACCAAAUCAAACCGACUGCAUGACAAACAAUAGAGCAGAAAUUCCUGUUUUCUGCACGGCAAGGUUUCUGAUUUUUAGAAAAAAACGAAAACCUAGAAUAACAUUUGGGGGAAGCCUCGUGGAUCAGAUUAAUUUACAAACAAUUAUGCCUAAAUUGAGUUCAGCGGUUCAGACAUGUCCCACCGGGAGGAGACCUCGUGGCCGGCCCAGGACCAGGUAAGGGGAUUAUAUCUCUCGCCUGGCCUUGGAGCGCCUGGGAAUCCCCCCAGAGGAGCUGGUGGAAGUAGCCGGAGUCAGGGCCGUCUGGGCUUCCCUUCUGAAGCUGCUGCCCCCGUGACCCGGACCAGGAUAAGCAGAAGAAAACCACAACGACGACGACGACACAUGCAGACUGCACCAGUACACAGAGAUGCAGUUUAAUCCACUUGAACUCAGCUCUUCUUAUGUGUUUAGUUAAUCAGACGGUCUUUUCCUUUAAUUUGUCUUUUUUUAUUACACAGGUUUAGCGUCUUGAUAACACACUGUUUACAUCUAUGAAGGGACUGAACUCGCACACACACUCACAUGCUGAAACGUGACCUUUUGACCUGCAGAGAGUAGCACUAAAUUCAGUUUAAGAUCUUUCCACAGGUUAAAUCUACCUGAUAACAUGUGAUCUAAGGAUUAACUCUAAUCUGUCGGCUUUAUUCUCAUGUCACCUCUAUAAAAACAUUCAAUCAAACACAACAGAAUGGAGUUGCUCUGCACCUGCACACACAUGCCGAGUUCUGAAAAGGCUUCCUGUGACUCCUCAGCUCUGAUUGGUUGUGUAACUUCAGUCUUUAAGGUGAUUUCUUUUUUCCAUCUGGGGGAAUUUUAGCUCCUCCGAGGAGAUUUUAGCCUCGAGGCAGUAAAGGCGUGUUGGUAAAGUCGGAGUUAAACCAUGACUGUGUUCACACAUGUCGCCUAUCCUGCAACUUUGAGGAAGUUUUCAGGAGUUUUGUGAGGACACACACACACACACACAAACACACACACACACAUACACACACACACACGACACAUCUGUUAAUUCAACAAAAUGUUAUUAAUGUUUAUGUCGGAUUAAUUAAACAAGUGACAUAAAUUUACUCUGGGAGGAAACUAUCUAGAAAAGUCGCAUACUAUAGCUUUAAAGAGAAUAUAUCCUUUAUGACGAGGUCCUCCAGAGAUGAUUAAUUACAGCACACUAAUCGAUCACAAAUUAAUUUCUUAUUGAUGUGUGCUGCACCAUAGAGUCCCUAUACCUUCAAGUUCAAGGACCAAUGACAGCCCAGAGAGAGCUGCGUUCGUCCAAUCAGGAGCAGGAGGCGGGAUCAUAUUGGCGAGCAGAGCAUUGAGCUGUCAGUCAUCUCCCUGUAGUUUGUGUGCUCACUGAAAGGAGAGAAACCUGCGGCACACAUCCACUCAGUGUGUUUGAGUCCAGACUCAGGUGAGUCCCACAGGUGAGUGGACUCUGAGUAUCGACACUGUGGAGCUCACCUGGACUCUCUAAAGUCACUUCAGUUCAACAGAUCUCCACAAUAAAGCUGUCAGAGCCUCCUCUGCACACACACACACACACACACACACACACACACACACACACACACACACACACACACACACACACACACACACACACACACACACACACCUCUUUUCUUACAGUGUGUGUGUGUUUGUGUGUGUGCUGGAUCAAGUAGAGCCCCACAGGUCUGAACACGCCUGCAGCAUUUACUCAGGAAUGUGUGUAGAGGGAGGGGAAACGUAACCGGAACAACACUCCCCCUCAGACGCCGCCUCCAUUUCAGGUUCCUGCAGAAGAAGAAGAAGAAGAAAAGACAGAGUUUUAGUUUGAGUGAAAUUUCUCUGCAGCUUUUUGAACAGAUGAGUAAAAAUAAAGGAUUUUAAACAUGUGUGUCCUUCCUGUUAAAACUUUACUGAUGGACAUCCUCAGACUUUAAUAAAGACGAGACUUUUUGAGUGACUUUCCUCAUCGACAGCAGAAUAAACAGAAGGCGGGACUGCUCGCAUUAUUAGAGGUUAUAUAGAACAGGAUGUUCCAGAGUUUGAGCGCCCCCCUGUGGUGACGCUGUUAAUCAACUCAGACAGAGUGUUUUCUGUAAAAUAAUGUCAAACUUCAGGAUUUAGAGCGUAAACUAAUGACUGAGAUCCUUUUUACAGCAGUGUGUGGGCCUGUACCAGCAGGUGUGUGUGUGUGUGUGUGUGUGUGUGUGUGUGAUUACAGAGUGGAGUAAUGACAGCCUUGCUGGGUGGGAUGGCAGGAUGAUAACUCAGAGUUUAAACACAGAGUCUCUUGUUUCGCAGGUAUGGAAGCUCAUUUAGGACAAAGGUCUUGUUUUGACUUAUGACAAAUUUUUUAAAUGCACACCUGACAGAAGAUAGAGGACA